AAAAUUUUUUUCGUGGAAAAGGUAAAUUCAAUAUUAAUAUAAGAAAAAUAAAAGAAAUACCAAGAAUUAAGGAUAACAGCAGUCAUGACAUUAAAGAAGUCAAAAAGUAGUUCAAAGAAAGCUUCGAAAAUUGCCGAGUAUAAGAAUAUUCAAGAUGAUAUUUUCGAUUAUGCUGGAAGAUAUCAUUUUCAUCAAACAAUAACUGAUAUGCUAUAUGCUGUUUAUAAGGAAAAGUCUGAAGAUCCAUAUACAUUUAUGAUCAACUUUCUGAUUGAGACGAAAGGAUGUAAAUUUAAGAAUAAUGAUAAUCAAAAGAUGUUAAAAGAGAUCCAGGAAAAGGAUGUCGAAAUCAAAAGACUUAAUGAUCGUAUAGCAUAUCUGGAAGGCUUAAAUAAUCAUCAAAAUACACAAGGAUCGCAAUUAAUUGGAACUCAAACAUUCUUAAACAAUGUUUCGCUUGCCACAACAUUGACAGGCCUUACAGAUAUAUCAGUUUCUGAUUUGGAGAAAUUUGCUGAAGAUCCAAGCUUUUUACAAGGGUUUGAAUCUCAUUUAAAGCUUCCACCACAAAUGGCAAUAACAUCAGAAGAAAAUCCAAUGAUAUCAAAUAGUGACAUUUCGGUUCCUGUUCCAACAAAUGAAAAUCCAGCAGAACGACAAAAAACAAAUGAUUUGAUACUUUCCUUCAACUAUAGCAGAUUAACAAAAUCGGAACCGCCUGAAAACUCAAAGAUGAGCUUAGAAACAAUUUCAUCAAAUGAUACAGAUGAAAUAGCCAUGGAAGUAAGUGAUUCUGAACUUUUUGAAAAACCCGUUAUAGUUAAAGCUCCUGAAAGAAAUGUAAAGUCUAUUAAUAAUUUUGAUGAUUUCGAGCCUGAUUAUGAACCCGAUGAUGAUGAAUAGAUUUAAGCAUAUCAUGUAAUAGUAUUAACUUUCAUAGUCA